AUGGCGAGCUCCUCCAAUACAACCCCUGAUAUCCCGGUCGCUGGGAUGAACUAUGGAACUGAAUCAUCAAUUGUGAGAAAUCAACUGGCAGAUCAUUCCAACUUAGUGAUGGUUUCUGCACCUUUCAAUGGUGCGAAUUGGCUGACGUGGAGCAGAUCCAUUCGCAUAGCCUUGGAAAGGAAGGAUAAGUUAGGAUUCAUUGAUGGAUCCUUUGAGAGGCCGAAUGAAGCUAGAACACUUUGGAUAGAACUAGAAACGAGAUAUGGGGAAUGUGAUGGUCCCCUAUUGUACAAAAUUCAGAGGGAAAUCAGUUCAGUAACACAGGGUAAUCUAAGUGUUACUGCAUACUUCACGAAAUUGAAGCAGCUGUGGGAUGAAUUGAUUUGUUUGAUGCCGCCUGCUAUGUGUUCAUGUGGGAACUGCACUUGUGGCUGCAACAACAUGAAAAUAGAACAGAAUGAGGCCAAUCAGUUGAUGCAAUUUUUGAUGGGAUUAGGAGAGCCACAUGAUAGUAUUAGAAGUCAAAUUCUAGUACUCGAUCCUCUACCAAAUGUUAACAAGGCCUACUCAAUGGUGUUGCGAGUAGAAAGACAGAGAAUCGUGAAAGGAACGGAAUUCCGAUUCAACUCUGGGAAUAAGAACUACAUGAAGAAAAAGGGGAUAACUGAUAAAAGAAGCUUGGUUUGUGAUUACUGCAACAAACAAGGACAUAACAAAGACUCAUGUUUCAAGUUACAUGGAUUUCCGGACUGGUACAAAGACUUAAAUGAACAAAGGAAGAGAGGUAGCAGCAGAGCUUUUGCAGUGAAUGAUGGUCCAAUUUCCAUGGAAAAAUCACAGAGGAAUGAGCUAUUGUCAGACUUGUUGGAGGCUUUACAGAUGGUUCAAAAUAAAGCUCCUUAG